UAUAAUUCCAAUCGAAAACCCAGCUCAAUUCUUCCUCUCCCUCUCUCUCUCAAUCAAAACCCAAAUUCGAUUCCCAUUCUACCCCCACCCUCCUCUCCAAAUUCCCAUCUCAACCACCACCGCCGCCGCCGCCAUGUACAGCAACAUGCUGGUCAACUGCUCCAACUGCCGCACCCCGCUCCAGAUUCCGCCGGGCGCCGAGUCCAUCCGCUGCGCCCUCUGCCAGGCCGUCACCAUCAUCGGCGACCCACGCGCCCUCCACUCAGCUCCCUCCUCCCACGAGCCCCCACCUCCCGCUCCGUACGGCCACCACGCGCCCCCGCCUCCCUCGCCCUACAACCACGCGCCGCCGGGUCCGCCGCCGAACGUGCACGGCCGGAAGAAGGCGGUGAUCUGCGGGAUAUCGUACAAGUACUCGAGGCAUGAGCUCAAGGGUUGCAUCAAUGACGCCAAAUGCAUGAAGUACCUCCUCAUCAACAAGUUCAAGUUUCCAGAAGAUUCCAUUGUUAUGCUCACUGAAGAAGAAACUCACCCAGCUAAGAUUCCAAAUAAAUACAACCUCAGAAUGGCAUUACAUUGGCUUGUACAAGGAUGUCAACCAGGUGACUCCCUUCUGUUUCACUACUCUGGUCAUGGUUCACGGCAGAGGGAUUAUCGUGGGGAUGAAGUCGAUGGAUAUGAUGAAACUCUUUGCCCCCUUGACUUUGAAACCCAGGGUAUGAUUGUUGAUGAUGAGAUAAAUGCAGCAAUUGUUAGGCCCAUUCCACAUGGGGUCAAGCUUCAUGCAAUUAUAGACUCUUGUCAUAGUGGCACCGUACUGGAUUUGCCAUUCCUUUGCAGAAUGGACAGGGGUGGAAAAUAUGUAUGGGAGGAUCACCGCCCUCGAUCCGGCGAAUGGAAAGGAACAAGUGGUGGAGAAGUUAUAUCUAUCAGUGGUUGUGAUGACAAUCAAACCUCUGCUGAUACAUCAGCUCUAUCCAAGAUCACGUCAACAGGUGCCAUGACUUUCUGCUUCAUCCAAGCCAUCGAGCAAGGACACGCAGCCACAUAUGGGAGCAUACUAAAUGCUAUGCGAAAUACCAUUCGAAAUACGGGUUCUGGUGGUGGUGGUCCUGGCAGUGCUGUUACGUCUCUCCUUGGUGGUAGUAGUGGUGCUGUUACAUCGCUUGUCGGCAUGCUUCUAACAGGCGGAAGUGUUGGUGGUGGUGGGCUAAGACAGGAGCCUCAAUUAACUGCCUGCGAGCCAUUCGAUGUGUACACAAAACCUUUCACCCUAUGAUCUUUUAUAUGUCUACACAGAUCAACAGUUCAUUACUUCUCUUAAAUGUAUUUUAGGCUUUAGAUAAUUGUGAAACGAGUGGUGAUGAGUAAUAAUGAGUAAUAAUCUUUUUUCACAUCCUU